CGUCUCCCCGCAGACCCGCACUCGCUGCGCUAUUUCUACACAGGGGUGUCGGAGCCCGGCCCGGGGCUGCCCCCGUUCAUCACAGUCGGGUAUGUGGACGAUCAGCUCAUCGAUCACUACGACAGCGAGCGGGGGAGCGCGGUGCCGCGCGCGGCGUGGAUGGCGCGGAACCUGGACGCGCAGUACUGGGACCAGAACACGCAGAUCUCCCAGGGCGCGCAGGCCGUGUUCCGGGUGGACCUGAACACCCUGCACCAGCAACCAGAGCGCGGAGCCCCGUGUAUCUGAUCCUAGCUGGGAUCUGGAGCGAGAUCAGAUCAUCAGAAAUCGGGAUAACCCGGAGAAUGGGGAAAUGCCACAGGGCCAGCUAGCGGCCACGGGAGAGAGCUUCCGCUCUGACCCUGGCGUCCUGGGUGUCCGGUUAAUGCAGAGAGCUGCUAAUGGUGGGUAAGAUAAACGGGGUUCUGCUGUCUUUUUAUUUGCCUCUGGUUUGUGCUUUCAGGAGUCAAAUUUCCAGGCUUUUCUCUGCCGCUAGGAGGGCUAGAACUUACAGCGGUAAGGGAGAGCUGAGACUCCCCCUAAUUCCAGGAGUCCAGGCGCUGGGGCUUCACCAAACCCACCCAGUAGCAUGAGAGGCACAGUAAAGUCAGGCGAGCGGCAGCGCUGCAUUCACCCAGCCCUGGGGAGAAGCUGCUCGGCAGGGAGCCUCCCUAGGAGGAGUUUUGUCUUGUUCCCAGUCUGAGUUUAUCGACAGUCGGUUCCUCUCCCCGGCUCAGAACCAGGGUCUCACAUCGGCUCGGGCUGGCGGGUAGAGAAUCAGCCCCUGUAACGUGCAGAGACUCCCCGGCUGUCUGACUCCUGCCAGCACAAACUCCAGCACGUGUCCCCCGAUUGGACCCCCCCGGGUGAGGCAGGUUCCCCUGCACGCUAUCGAUAGAGGGUAAAGAGCCGUUCCUCCGGCUGGGUCCCCGGGGGGGAGAGGGGGGGAGCUAGCCACCUGACCAGGCCCCGGGAUUGUGCUGUCUCACGUCGCACGUUGUGAUCCAUAAGCGUUCAGUGCCGGGCGCUGCUGACCCGUCCCGGGGGGGGUGUCCCUGCUGCGCUUUCUCCCCCUGGGCCUGCCCUGCCCUUCCUGAGCAGGGACUGUCACUGCCCGGUCCCAUGACCCCCAUGUCCAUGAUACCGGUGUUGUACUUAAAGUACUGCACAGGAUCUUUUCAGGGGGAAUAAGGCAAAACGCCACAUUUAUUAGUAAUACAUGUAUUCAUUAACACUGUAUUAUAUGCAUAUAAUA